GGCGGAGAUGAUGGGUCUCUCCCCUAAUACUUACAUUUUAUACUAAAUCUCGGAUUACCACGAUGGAUAUCAAGUUAUUCUUGAUAUUUGUGGUAAUACUGAGCGCCAUGCACCAAGGUCCUGCUGCUUAUCGGGACCUUACGUGUGUGGAGCCGGAACCAGGAUAUGUCCAGAGGAUGUUUUAUUAUUUUUCCGCAAGAGAAGUUGAGAGAAUUUGCCCAGCGCGAGCCGAUCUGCUACGUCGAAUCGGGAGCGAGGUAUUCUGUAACCUCCUGUGCGUCCUUAUAACCUUACUCCUGGGUUAUGCGCCGUCGAUCAGAAACAGUGCCAGAGAGAGAUGGACAGCCAUGAUUUCUAGUUUACGAGAAUGGAGAUCUCGUCCUUCCAGAUGUCGCCACUGUGGGACGGUCCCCUGUCAGGCAAAAAGAAGAUUACUAUGGAUGCCGUCUAAAUCCCGUAAGAGGAACAAGGCCAACCUCUCUGAGAGGUCAAAGGCCAUGUUGUUGUUUAGCUAUGGCCUCGAGUUGUCCGUACAGUUGACAAAAGAACUGCCCCAGGAUGGCCUUUACUGGAAAAGAAAAUUCUGCAAUCCAUUUGAGGAGAAAGACAUGGCUCUAUUCCCACUGUGUAUCCAGCGGCAAAUCAACGUUCGGCGUGUAGAGAAGAAUGCCGACGAUGGAUAA